GCUGGAUGUUUCCCGACCUAACGUUGUCCUUUUCCUUUGCGGUGCAGAACUACUACAGCUCGGUGCCGGCGUGCCGCUGCAAGGAGCACGAGAUCAGGCACAUCUGCAGGUACCACGGCCGGACGGAUGGGGACGAGGGGCCGGAGGCAGCAGGGCCGCAGACAAAUGCAGCUUCAGGAGUAUCCAGUCAGCCUAAAACUUGCCCGCAUUGCAUGAGGAAGGCUUCCAAAGACAUCUACAUUGAAGUUUCUCCUGGCACCUAUUCUAUCACAGCAACCUCAGAGGACAUGGUGAAACAGACCCACGUGGUGGAUGUCAGUGCAGGACAAAGUGUUGAUUUAACUUUUGUUCUAUGAUGUUUGUUGUUUCUCAAUAAUCAUGGGAAUAAAAUUCUAGGCUUUUAGGGCAUACAGCAAACUUAUACAUAUCUUUUCCUCUUUUAGCACUUUAACAGUAUUCUGUACUUCGGGUCUGCGUUUUUAUACUCCUAUACAUUUGUUUUAUACUUAAUGCAAAUAUUAUAUACAGCCCACUUUGUACAUUGAUUUUUAUAAGUACUUGUACAUUGUGUGCCUUAAUUCCAAUUAUGUGACUGUGUAAUUCCAAUUAAAGAUGCAAUCACUGGAGUAAA